AAUUUACAUUUAUAUCAUUCUGCCAAAUGAAAAUUUGAUGAAAUGUAACUACUUCUUUCAAAUCUGUCAUAAAUUAUCAAUUUUAUUCAAUGAUAAAAAUCAAAGUCUAAAAAUGCAUUAUUAAAGAAAAAACGUCGGUGUUGUCCUGCCGUAAAGUACUUAAAUGUUUGUAUUGCAGCUCCUGCUUAAGAACAAAAUGAACGACUUGAAAAAAUAUUAUCAGUCUUUGAAUUGGUUGGGUUCCUGUUGUGUUGCAGUAACAAUUCCUUUGAUUGUAUUUAAGGUAUUCAGGGCAAUAUGUCUGAAGAAGAGGGAAAAUAGUUUAAUUGGAAAGAUUGUUGUGAUUACUGGUGCAAGUUCUGGACUUGGAGAAGCGCUGGCACAUUCAUUUUACAAGAGGGGUUGUCAAGUAGUAUUAUGUGCUAGACGUAGACAAGAACUAGAUAGAGUUAAGACUGAGUUACUACAAACUCAUUGUACAGUUCAGACAUUCCCACCCAUUAUUAUACCUUUGGACUUGAGUGAUUACAAAGUUCUCCAGACUCAUGUCAAUAAGAUACUUUCCAUUACUGGACACAUAGAUAUUUUAAUAAAUAAUGGAGGUCUUUCAAACAGAGGGACAGUUCUUGAUACAAACAUGGAUGUUGACAUGCAACUUAUGCUAGUCAAUUAUUUUGGAUCAGUAGCUCUUACAAAAGCCAUCUUGCCAUCAAUGAUCAAAAAGAAUGAGGGACACAUUGUAUUCAUCAGUUCCAUUCAAGGACUAAUAGCAUUGCCAGAAAGAUCAUCAUACAGUGCAUCCAAGCAUGCCAUGCAAGCUUUUAGUGACAGCCUAAGAGCAGAAGUAGCAUCAAAAAAUAUUUCUGUCACAGUUGUAAGUCCUGGCUACAUAAAAACAAAAUUGUCCUUGAAUGCCCUAACAGGUUCUGGAGCAGCACAUGGGCAAAUGGACAAGGCAACUGAAGAAGGAUAUACUCCAGAAUUUGUUGCUGAGAAAAUUUUCAGUGCUGUCGCCAAUAAGCAGAAAGAACUGGUAGUGUCAACAUUUUUGCCUCAAAUUGCAAUUUAUUUAAGGAAGUAUUUUCCUUCUUUGUAUUUUUAUGUAAUGGAAAGAAGGGCAAAGAAGGCUCAACUUUCAUUUGAAGUACAAAACUAAUAUUUAAAUUUGUGAAGAAUGUUUAGUAGAAAUUUUGUUACAUUUAUAUUUUAACAGUGGACAAACUAGUGCUAGUCAUUUCUCCAUAUAUAUA